GACACUGUCUUCCAGCUGGUCUGGCUCAGAGGUCCCACUGCCGGAGGACACCGCAGCACUUUCUUUUUCUAUAUGUUUUUGAAGAUGUCUUCUUUUUCUUUCGAUAAUUCCCUGGAUGGCAGCUUUCCUCCCUCUCCAGCUGAGGACCGGGGCUCAAAGCGCCUGUCCUGGGGCAGCCUGCUGCAGAGGCUCACUGAGCUGAAGGGGAUCAAUCAGAGGGUCGCAGCAGACCAGUGCUGCAGGAGCGAAUCUGGCUCUCUAGCAGACAUGUCCCUGGAGUAUGAGAGCAGCUUCUUCUGUGAUCCACUGGAGGAGACGUUGGCUACAGAAGUACGAGAAACCAUCACACAAAGUCUGGCCGAUGCGCCCCACAUCCUGGACUGCUCUAAACUCCUUUUACCUGACUGUCUCCUGCACAGUUUAAGUCAGGAGCUGCUCCACCUGGCUGCGUGUGAGCCCUGUGGCCUCAGGGGAGCACUCAUUGACCUGUGUGUGGACAGGGGGGAUCAGGGUUCCCUAUGCACCGUUGACCAAAUUGCAGUAGAUGCCUCCGUGGUGCCGACCUUCCACGUGACUCUCGUGCUGCGGCUCGAGACCAGCGGGUUGUGGCCAAAAGUCAAGAAGCUCUUCAAGGGGAGUCGGUCCCGGCAGACGGCUGGAACAUCUCAGAGGCAGCGGAACACUCUGAGGCUGAGUUCGAGCUUCAGGGCCAUCAAAAAGAAACUGUAUUGUUCAGGGGAGCUGCUGAUUGAGGAGUGCUGUUGACCAAACACUCCCCCCCAGAUAAACUGAACUAAGCUCAUGUUGAACAUGAAGAAAAGCAACAGAAAUGUCAAUUUGUUUUGUAAAUGAAUUUGCAAAUAUCACUUCAUUUCUCACCUGGUUACAGGUGACUCAGCGACUCGUGUCUUAACAUGGCUUGUGUAUUUGAUAGUCAAAUACUAUGCCCUGAAACUUGUUUUGUACCUUGAACGACUUGAAGAACGUGAAUAAAUUAUUUUCUACUACA